AUGGCUCUCCAGUCAAGCGAAGGACUGUCGCCGCGCUACCUGAGAUCCGGGACGAUCCGGAACGCCGCGGCACCACCUUCCCAGCGCGGUCGACGCGGCCGCCCUGAGCGCGACGCCAUGGCGGCCCCUCAUAAGAGCGCAGAGGACGACCACGUCGCCCCAUCUCCCCCAGCCGGGGCCGGCAUGGGCACACCUCUGGUUGUGCCUUUUCUCCUGUUGGCGCCUCUAUCACGACGCCCGCUUCCUUCCGCGAGCGGCCCGGUGGAGAACGCGGCGGAGAUGCCACACCCGGAGCCGAGCACGGACCAGUCAAGCUCGGACACGAGCCUCUCCGACACGAGCUGCUCCGACUCCUGCUCGUCAUCCACCGAGCUUCCCGCCGACAGUGGGUCUUCGUCCCGUGGAGUCCACAACAGCGGCACCCUCGGGGAUGACACGAGCGAAGGCUCCACCUUGAGCAGCUCGGCCAGCAGCAGCCGCUCAAGCUCCCCCGACGCGGGGGAAUUAUCGCGCGCGGAGCCGCAGGUGUUGCGGACGCCGCGUAGGGGCCAACGCGAGCGGAUGCCUGCAACGUCGGCUCCGGCAAACGGUACGUGCUGCUUCUACCCAAUCUUUCCUACGGCCAGUAAUCUGCUCGAGAAGCGACAUAAGUGCCUAAGGAAGACAGGGAAACCGCCCAUUCCGGGUGAAAUCCGACCUUUUUUGUGCUGA